AGUUGCGAGGCAAAACUGCUGGUCACAUGAGCACAGAUCUGUUUACAAACCCAAGGCAGAGCAGCAAGAGAGGAGUGAGGGGAGGAAGGGGGGAAAGGCAAACUGCAGGCACCAUUAUGGACCCAAAAAGGAGGUAGAAGGGGGGAAGCCUGCCAUGACAAAGCCAGCUGGAGGUGUGAGAGGCUGACAGACACACUCCGCCUUUGUCUCAUAUUUUUUUUCCUCCCUGUCUUUCUUAAUCGAAGGAGCAGAUGGUUGGAGGGAGAGUAGGUUCCCCCACCCUACACACAAAACACACGCACAUAUCUUCUGAUGAACACACAGCAGUUAUAGAGGACUGUUGUUGACUGCAUGGAGCUAUCCUCAUGUUGUUUGUUCUUGGAGGGGAGAACAUCAUCACCUUCAUUUAGAAGGAACACCUACAGCAAGAUCAGAGGACCAGAGGAGCAGGAAACCAGAGAAGUGGUGAGACUUGAGAAAAUCAGAUUUCGAUUGAUGUUGGAUUAUUGCUUUCACUGGGUUGAGGAUUUGCCAUUAAACGCUGGAUGUCACUGUAACUGGCGAGAGGCAGGGGACAAGACUGCAAAGUGACGCAAAGUGAAGUCAAGGAGGCUGUUUCCCUUCUCUCUCUAAGCAUAUGAGGUCCUCAGAUCCAAAUCCUCCCCCCCUCAACUCAACACGGAGUGGUUAAUCCAGAUUUGGGGAAUGCUGUGCAGCCCAGACUGCUGAGCCAACAAUAAAAAAAAAAAAAGAAAACACACCUCUGAAGGAUUUCUGGAAUCUGAAAAUCUCCCAUGACUGGUUAGUGAAGGAACUAACCCAAAGAUCCAGGUCAGGGUAGCUGGAUCGGGACAUUUGCUUAAAAACAAGUUGCAGUGUCUGAGCUUCCAGAACCAAUUCUUCUGGCGUUUCUCCAGUCCUUCUCCUGACUGGGCCUGAAUUCACUGCUGCUGCCUUGGGAGUCAAAUUUCAUGCAACCAUUCCAAUGGUGUAACGGAUGCCUUUGUGGUUUGAGUUUUCAUCGCUCUGAACACUACUGCAGCAUGACGUCUGACAUCUACCACCUCCCUCUCAACAUCUAUGUCAUCGUGCUGGGCAUCGGCCUCUUCGUCUUCAUGCUCAGCCUCAUCUUCUGCUGCUACCUUUUCAGGUUAAAACAGCAAGGAACGAGGGAGCACUUCAGCUACAACGAGGUGGUGCUGAAAGGAGCAAGCAAGAAGCUGAGCCUUCUUGGACAAACCUGUGCGGUGUGUCUGGAAGAGUUCAGGACCCGAGAUGAACUGGGAGUGUGUCCAUGCUCACACGCAUUUCACAAGAAGUGCCUUCUCAAGUGGCUGGAGAUCCGCAGCGUGUGCCCCAUGUGCAACAAGCCCAUCCUGCGGCUUCACUCCGACGCUCCCCAGGGCGCCGAGGGUCCCAUGGACCCGGAGGAGGUGUGAGAUAAUUGAGUGCGGAAGAGAAAGAUCUGCUUCCCCUUUCAGAAAACACCCACAUUAAACACACUAAAGAUGAUGACCAUCUCAGAAGGUAAUGAUCCUAAGCUGGCCAGUUAGGAAAGACUUGCCUCUGCUGGGAUUUAAGACAUGGACAGCGGCAACAUGUUUGGAUUAGUCAGAGAGGACGCUGAAUGAGUAGGAUUAUUUCCAUAUACAAAAAAAAAAAGUUCCUAGUUCUGCUUCCAUGUUACAGUGUAACACAGCUGUUAAAAAAAAUAAUCACAUAAAAACAAUGGCGAGAGGAAAAUGGAUUAUCAGAACCAGUAGAGCAGCACUGCCAGCGACAAACAUCACCCGAGGCGUGGAACUGGACAUCCGAGCAUCAGCCCGAAUACCUCGACUUUCUCAGGGGUGUUUGUUACCAACCCAGCCAGCACAACCCAUGUCAGUAACCAUAGAAACCCAGUGCCACAUAUGCAUCUUAAGUACUGCCAGUGUAGGUGAAACGCCCCAGCAGCCAGAGUUCGCCGUAUCAUCUGGCUGAAACAGAGACCAGCUGGAAUUAAACCCAGACGACUUCAGUAGGAACAGGUUGUGUCCCCGUCCCCCUGGUCAAUCAGAGACUCCUAGAAAACUAGUCCUGCCUGUAUGUACUGUGUGGUAAAGUAUCCCCUAUACAAUGUUAUUUUGUAUUUUAAAUAAAGUGUCAUGUA